UUUUGUUUUUUUUCAAAAUAAUUUUGCGCUAAGUAUAUUCUCAUCUCCAACAGUUCGUAUUCUUUUUCAUCUAACUUAGAUUGUGCUUUUGCAUUUGGAAUGGGAGUUGAUUCAAGGAAGGUCCCAAACUCAGCGAUAACUGCUUCUUCUACGUGGGAUCCCGGACACGAGGCUUGGAGAGGACGACUCAAUAACUACCCCACAUCUGGUGAUGCUGGGUGUUGGUCAGCAGGGUCUAAUACUGCAGGAGAGUACUUACAGGUGGACUUGGGUCACGUGGUAUACAUUACUAUGGUAGCAACACAAGGGAGGCCAUAUGGUUAUAAACAGUAUGUGAGAAAAUACAGCCUGGCUUAUAAAAACAGCGACAACUCGUUUGUGGAUUACAAAGUAGCAAACACUGUAAAGGGGAGUAUUACGAAUGGAGGAAAACCGGAGAACCCGCGGAUAAAAAAAAUCCUCGAAUCACUGGAAAAACCAAGACAUCACACAAACUUUCAGGCGAACACUGACAUUUCAACGAUCGUAACCAACAGGCUUCCCGAGAAGAUAAAAACCCAGUACAUCAGAUUUGUUGUCCGAGAAUGGUAUGACCAUAUUUCAAUGAGAGCCGAAGUCUAUGGAUGCCAAAUUCCUGUUUAAUUAUGGAGACCCAGUUCUACGUCAAUAUUUCAGAUCAGCUGGACUAAAUUCAGAUAAGCGGCCUCUUCUGCACCUCGGAGUAUCCGAAAUGAAGCUUGAUCAAGCGUAUUUUACAUGACCUAAUAAUUUGCUAUUGUCAAGCUAUUGAUAAGUCAUAUUUUGCACCGAAAAACAGUAUAAAAUAGUGCAUUGCCUAAUAUGGUUUGUUUAUUUCAUCUUUUAUCGAUAACCAAGUUAAAGACCCAUUGCCACUUACCGUGA